AUGAGCGUAGCACGUCCAGCCGCCAGGAGGCUCAUCUCCGGACGCCUGGCCGCGGUGCCAGGUCCUGCAUGCGCUGCUCCUCCGUCGACGGCGCCAUGCCACCACCAGCUCUUUGCCCACCAGUUUCACAGCUCGCCUCAAAUGUCGGCGAGGCGGCGGCCACGAUUCGCCAACGUGCGGGCAGCGGAUAUGGGCUUGACGGACGAGCGGCAGAUCGACCGGUUCACAAAAGAAAAGUUCCCCAAAUACACCAAAGAGGAGAUCGCGCAGCUGCGGAACCGGUACUCGCCCGAGCAGAUCGCCGCCCUCGAGGCCGGUGAGGCGGCCAUCGACCCGCGCGACCUGACGGUGCAGGGCCGUCUGCGCGUUGACCCCUACAGGCUACCCUACAUCGACGAUUUCGCCGAGACGCAGCCGAUCAUCGACAAGCGGCCGAAGUGGAAGGAUGCGCCCGACCCGAACGCGAGGUUCAUGAACAUGGACGAGUUCACCCAGGACCUGAUCGUGUGGGCCGACAAGUUCCAACAAGGGAACGUGACGGGAAUGCUCAAGACGCUGGUAGACUUCGUGCCAGAAGAGUUCCAGAAGGUGCCCGAGGCGCAGUGGCCAGGCGAGGUGCGGCAAGAGGCGCACAAGGCCUUCCACAACUACCUGGAAGCCGAGGUCAACAAGCAAAAAGACAGGAGCCCGGACGAGAUGGGCAGAGGGCCGACCGACGCCGACGUGCUGCAGUACAUUCUCGAGCGCUCCGCCAUGACGGACAACAACCGGACGACCGACACGUCGCUAGCCCACGCGCUGCCGAGCAAGGUGCCCGGCGUGGCGGGCCUGUAUAAGGCCGCCAUUGAUCCUGCCGACAAGGGCCUCGAUGACAUUGGCGUCUACCAGGACCUGAAGAAGCGCACGGGCAUGAGCGUGCAGAACAUCCUGCGGCUGCAGACGAAACUGCUAGUCAGGCGCUUCGUCUCGAACCAGACCCGUCUGGGCAAGGUGCAGAAGCAGUCGAUCCUGUACGUCGCCGGCAAUGGCGACGGGUGGCUCGGAAUCGGCGAGGCCAAGUCGACCGAGGGCAGUAUUGCGGCCAUGAAGGCGCGCCUGCUCGCGAUCCGGAACAUGCAGCCGAUCCGCCGGUAUGAGAACCGGACUAUUUACGGCAACGUCGAGGCCAAGGUGUCGGGCACCAUAGUCAAGAUGGCUGCUCGUCCGCCAGGUUUCGGCUUGCGCGUCUCGCACCGCAUCUUCGAAAUGUGCCGCUGUGCCGGAAUCUACGAUCUCGCCGCCACCAUCCCCCGCUCCCGCAACCCUAUGAACUCGGUCAAGGCCGCCUACAAGGCGCUGUGCAGCCAGCCAGACCCCGAGGAGAUCGCCAUCGGCCGCGGCAAGAAGCUGGUCGAUGUGCGCAAGGUGUACUAUGGCGGCGAUGUAUACUAA